CUCUCACUGGGCAAAAGCCUUUCCAGACUGGUCCCUGAAAGCAUCAUGCAUACAGAUGCCUGCUGGUUGCCAUGGUGAAUGAUGCUGAUCUGAAGAAAUGAAUAAUGUGAGCACUGGGGGCGACAGUGGGAUUACUCAGACCAGCUAGAGAGACAUCAAGGAGAGCCCAGAGCAGAGGAGGGGAGAAGCCACUAUCAGCUUUCGUCUGCUCUGCCUCUGAGCGCUGUGCUCUAACCAGAUCCACCACAAGCAUCAGGAUCAGGAUGAACAUCGAGGUUGGGAACGUGUCUUAUACGGGAGCCAUCAUUUCCUGGUCGUCCUCGGAGCCCUGCCUGGAGGACUAUUACCAUAUUAUGUACAGGCCCAACUGGAACAGCAUCUUCUCCGGCUACCUUCGCUACAGCUUCCACCACGAGGAGAAGGUGCCUCGCACCAUCAGCUCUGUGGUGCUGGAACACCUCGCCCCUUCCACCCUCUACUUCCUGUGCAUCAGCUGCAAGAAGAUCGCCUUCCCCUACAGGCACUACUGCACCAUGUUCCACACCCUGGAUAAGAGUCCGCUGGCUGCAGGAAGCUCCCUGGUGGACCCCCAAAUCUCCCUUUGGGUGCUGAUGGCCAUUCUGCUGGCCUGCUUCACGGCCGUCUUGGCUUUCAUCUGCUUGCAGUUUUGGUGCAUCCGCUGCCAUGAGCCUCGCUGGUCUUACCGAGCCGGCCACAUGGAGGAAGCCAAUGGGUUGGUGAGAUGGCCAGAGGAGGCCCCAGCUCUUGGCCACAGGGACGAAGAUGUGCAGGGGCUCCCCCUGGAGGAAAUGCCACGCAAGAACUCCGGAGUCGAAGCGGAACCAGGAGCUGGAGCCCAAGCCGAUGCCGCUGCCGCCCGGGAUGCCCCUGACGUGCGUGCCUUACAGAGGGAGGGUGGUGACCGUCCGGCCAUACUGCCUCGUUUUGGGGAGUAACAGGUGGGGAGGGGGCAGCUCCACACAGUAGUCUUCUGUAAAAUGUGCUUCUAGACUAUAUGUCUUGGUUCAUUCCACUUCCAAGUCUUGGGCUCCUGACCUCGAGGAGGACCAUUUCUAACACCGUUGUAUUUUCCAGGUUAGUUCCUCUUCUAAGGCCAUCUGUGCUUACUUUUUGAAAAGGAGGUCAAAGUUGGCCAUUUUUAUUCCAUCACAAAGAAAAUCGUUGGCUUUGCUGUUGUUGACGUGUCACCUUACAGUGGGUUCUCGCAUACACACGGUACCUAUUUACAGCGUUGGUGAGACUUUGUGAACGUCGUCCCCCUUUUCCCACCCUGGUGUGGAAAUGGAACUUAAGGAAAGUAGAGAUAACACCUGUUUUAAUCUCUGAUGCAUCCCAGCAUACAGAAUCUAGCCCAGUUGGAUCUAUAGUGGGGUACUUAAUAAACGUCUGCUUAAUGACUGGCAAAGGACUGAAGGUCUAGAUUAGGGCACCAUCUGGGAGGUACAGUCGGGAUGUGUGCUGUGAACAAGGCAGCAACGAGAAGAAGGCCUGUCUCCUAGCUCUAGCUCCCGCUCCCGCCUUCCGGGAUUUCCUUCAGCCUCUGCCUUCCCAACCACGUCCUGUCUGCCAAUCCCUUAUUUUAUGGGGCACAAAAUCCCAGAAUCACAGGAUGAUACUGCAAUGAAUCAGUCGACCAACUGGAGGAAGUGGAUGCCAGGAUGAGAAGCCCUACAUGCCCAUCUCCCCGCUCACCUCAGUGAAGUCCUUUCUGGUAGUUCCUGCCCAAGAUCCAGCCCCCCAGGUCUGUGUGCACCCCUACCCCUGCUAGCAGCAACAAAUAAAGAUGAAUAUACUCGCAGUUGUUUCUGCUUGGAUCUCACUG